GAGGAGGAGGCGCAGCAGCCGCCCUGGCCCGUCAUGGAGAUGGAAAAGGAGUUCGAGGAGAUCGACAAGGCCGGGAGUUGGGCGGCCAUUUACCAGGAUAUCCGACAUGAAGCCAGCGACUUCCCGUGUAGAGUGGCCAAGCUUCCCAAAAACAAAAACCGAAACAGGUACAGAGAUGUCAGCCCCUUUGACCAUAGUCGGAUUAAACUACAUCAAGAAGAUAACGACUAUAUCAAUGCUAGUUUGAUAAAAAUGGAAGAAGCGCAGCGAAGUUACAUUCUUACCCAGGGCCCUUUGCCUAAUACAUGCGGUCACUUUUGGGAGAUGGUGUGGGAGCAGAAAAGCAGGGGCGUGGUCAUGCUCAACAGAGUGAUGGAGAAGGGAUCGUUAAAAUGUGCACAAUACUGGCCACAAAAAGAAGAAAAAGAAAUGAUCUUUGAAGACACAAAUUUGAAAUUAACAUUGAUCUCUGAAGAUAUUAAGUCAUAUUACACAGUACGACAACUAGAGUUGGAAAACCUUAUGUCUAAAGAAACUCGAGAGAUCCUACAUUUUCACUAUACCACAUGGCCUGAUUUCGGAGUCCCUGAAUCUCCAGCCUCGUUCCUGAACUUUCUUUUCAAAGUCCGUGAAUCGGGGUCACUCAGCCUGGAGUACGGCCCCAUCGUGGUGCACUGCAGCGCUGGCAUUGGCAGGUCGGGGACCUUCUGUCUUGCCGACACCUGUCUCUUGCUGAUGGACAAAAGGAAAGACCCUUCUUCUGUUGAUAUCAAGAAAGUUCUGUUAGAAAUGAGGAAGUUUCGGAUGGGACUGAUCCAGACAGCAGACCAGCUCCGUUUCUCCUACCUAGCUGUGAUCGAAGGUGCCAAAUUCAUCAUGGGAGACUCUUCAGUGCAGGAGCAGUGGAAGGAGCUCUCCCACGAGGACCUGGAGCCCCCACCUGAGCAUGUCCCACCCCCUCCCCGACCACCCAAACGAAUCCUGGAGCCACACAAUGGGAAGUGCAAGGAGUUCUUCCCAAACCACCAGUGGGUAAAGGAUGAGUCCGAGGAGAGUAAAGAAGGCGGCCCCAUCAAGGAAGAAACCAGAAGCCCCCUGAGUGUCCCCUGUAGCAUGGGAAGCACGAGUCAAGACACUGAAGUCAGAAGGCGGGUCAUGGGGGCAGGUCCUACCCAGGAGGAGCCAUCGCCACCCAAAGAGGAGCAGGACAAGGCGCUGACUCACUGGAAGCCCUUUCUGGUCAACAUGUGUAUGGCCACGGUCCUCACGGCCGGCGCGUACCUCUGCUACAGGGUAUGUUUUCACUGACGGACGUGCUGGCGAGACCGUGUGUACAGAAAGCACUGGCCGACAGCCUGGCGUUAGCAUUCAGUGCUGUGGAAAGGAUCUGAGCCAGUCUCAGAAGAAACAGGUCAAACGUUUUAAAGUCUGGAACUGUGAAGGGCUAACGAGAGAAUUGAGGAUUGAUGCACUGGGGUUUUAAGGAGCCCUGUGGUCCCAAGAAUACAAGCGUCUAAUCUCAGGGCCUUAACCUAUUCAGGAGUAAGUAGAGAAAAUGCCAAAUACAUCUCUUUCUCUCUCUCUUUUCCUUUUUUUUGUUUUGUUUUGUUUUGUUCAUUUGUUUUUGGGGAAAAAAAAGAAUUACAACACAUUGUUGUUUUUAACCUUUAUAAAAAGCAGCUUUUUGUUAUUUCUGGAAAGAAAAGAACCUAGGCACUUAUGAAACUUCCUUGUACCCUUAGGUUUUGUAACCUGAUACACAGUUUCUGUUUGAUUUCCCGGGGAAAGACUCCCACAUUAAGGAAUGUAGCACCCUCUAGAGAAGAGGGUCUAAGGGUAUAGGACACUGUCUUGCUCAGUCAUUUGCUCGCUGUGCGUACACUGAGCUUGGCGGUUCCUGCCGGCUUUCCCAUUUUAAGAAGAAAAACAACAAAAGGCCAUCUCUAGAAAUUAAAACUUGGCUUGUGCUUUUGCUCAGGGUGUCCCCACUGGUUGUCCAUCCUACAUUUCUCUAUCAAUCCCUUCUUGUUGCAGCCAUAUUGCUCAUGUCCUGCCUUCAGCACCCCAUCCUCCAAAACAGGGUUCUUCGAGGCCCCUGCCUCAGGGUCAGAGGUCACCACAGGGUGGCCACCAGCUUUUCACCCUGCCACUGAGACCCAGAAGGAGCAGUUUCCACUUGGUUUGGAAUAUAAAUGCCAUUUCAGUAGACAUCCACACAUAAGAAGUGUGUUGCUGUUAAAGUAAGGGGAGGAGAGAAGACUAGCUUCAGAACUCUGGUCAUGGAAAUCACCUCACAAGACUUUUUUAUCAUUUUCAGGCAACCAUCUUUGAGUGUAUCAGAUGGUUUAGCAACACACAGUUUUUCCUUAGGGAUAAGUUUUGGAAGUGGUGGAGGGCAGUUGCAAAAAAAAAAAAUCAAAGCCCCUUUUACUGGAGUGGCUGGGGGUUGGGGGUGGCCGGGGAGUGCCAAGUCUGCAGCUGCCAGGUGGAUCGGGGCUCAACUGAAAAUGUUUGGUUUCGUUCCAGUUCCUGUUGAACAACAACACAUAAUCUGACCCACCUCCACCCCACUGCCUGCCUCUGCUCACACUGCCUGCACCGACUAGCAGGCAUCGUGGUAGGUAAGGGCGACGCACAUGUAGCCAGCGUGACCCCGGGCAGAUGUUUGCUCUACAUUGAAACUCCCUUCCCUGGCUGUUGUUCUUACCCCCUUUCCUUUUACUUUUUCCGCCCUCCCCUUCUUUAAGUACCAAAUCCACAACCCAUUUUUUGAAGAGAGCAGAAGAGAGUCCCAUGCUGGUGGCACAGAGGAAAGGUGGCCUGUGCAGGGCAGCGCACAGCAUUUCCCGGUACACUCUGCGGAGACUGCGUGUCGUGAGCCUCUCCACACCAUGUUUAUCUUUUUAUUUUUUCCCCCAGAGGUAUCCAGAGUGCACUAGCAUUUUCUUAAACCAAUAAUGUAUUAAAAUUUUUUGAUGUCAGCCUUGCAUGAAAGGCUUUCUCAAAAAGUACAAUAAAUCCUCAGGUAGUGCUGGGAACGCAGGACUUUGCCAUGAGCCCGCUGCGGUAGACCAGUACUAGGAAGGAGGACGGCUGUGAGCAGUGGGUAUUUCAUGACACUGUGGGUCACGUGAGAGGAGGUUUGGCAUUUGUUUAUAGAGCAGUGGGAUAAUAUAUAAUGAACACUUGGGUAUUUAACAUACAUGACGGGAGAUGACUUUAUCUGGUUAUUGCCCUCCCCGGUUUUACCUGCUAGAACCUUGUUCUCGAUCACCGCUUUCCCCGUGUGUAUUAGAAUGCAUGUUCAGUCUUCUUGUGUCCUGAUCAAAUACCACGUGCUUGAAAUACUUAGAUCUCUGCUUACUAAAGUGCCCUCGUGUAUAAGUCCAAUCUCCCCUUGCAUGAUCAGAUCAUUAUGUGGCUGUGGUUCCUAAGACUGUUGCUGAACUACUCACCGGUCAGCACUGGAGGGAUGUUUCCAGUAACAGAUAUUGGUCUAAUUCCUGGCAUGACUCUCUGGUGACUUCCUGGUGAGGCCCGGCCUGUCCUGGUCCAGCUGGGUCCCACUGUAACUCAGACAUUCCAAGGGGGGUGGGAAGCCAUAGUCACACCUCACGCUCUGGACAUUUAGGCAAGCAGGGUCCCCUGCACACACACCUUUGGGAUCAGCCUCCACUAUCCUAAGUUCACACUCUUCUUGAGAAGACUGUGAUUUGGAACCAAGGCAACUGUUGGAAACCACACUUCUUGAAGCAACCUGGACGAUGACAGUCCCUUGGAGUCAGCCGGCUGCUGGCUCAGUCGGGAGGGCCUUGCUGAGAGAGGCGUGUCUGCCCCUGCCCUUGAACUCUGGGGACUGAUGGUGCUCAUGACUCUUCCUGCGAGGGGAACUUAAGACCUCCACAUUAAGUGGCUUUUUUAACAAGAAAAAAGGCAGCUGUAGCUCAUGAGCUGCUCUUUUGCCAGCAUUUUCACAUUUUGCCUUUCACAUGUUCAAAGCCCGUGCAGAGAAAUUCUGUGGUGGGAACAUUUGAGGCAUCGCCCCGCAGAGCCUUGGUGAGGUGUGGAUAAGGCUGAGGUGCCAGGCUGUAAGCAUUUUGAGUUGGGCUUGUUUGUUUGUUUUUGAAGUCCUGUAUAUGUAUGUAGUAGUUUGGGUGUGUAUAUAUAGUAGCAUUUCAAAAUGGAUAUACUGGUUUAACCUCCUAUCCUUGGAAAACAGAUGGCUCUCCAUCUUGUUACACGUAUGUUAGAGAAGUAGCGAGCUGCUCUGCUAUAUGCCUUAAGCCAAUAUUUACUCAGCAGGUCAUUAUUUUUUACAAUGGCCAUGGAAUAAACCGUUUUUACAAAAAUAAAAACAAACAAAAAAAGCGAGGUGUUUUGGUAUAAUACCUUUUCAGGUGUGUGUAUACAUGGAUGCAUGACGGGGUGGGGAGGGGGGCGCAUCUCAGGGUCUUCUGUGACCUCACAGAACUGUCAAACUGUACAGUUUUCCAACUUGCCAUAUAAAUGAUGGGUUUUCAUUUUAGUUGCAACAAUAAAAAAAUUUUUUCUAAAGAA